CAGCUCAGCCGCAAAAGACUAGCAUCUUGCUCUUGGGACCUUAGGCAACCACCAUCCAAAAGAAACGCACCGCUCCAAGACCUCGCUUUUCUAAACGCUAGGACAACCCCUCUAGUGAGACUUUUUUUUUUUCUUAGCAAGUGAAGAUACGCAAGAGUCAGAUAUUACCCGACUUGGGCAGGCCUGUCUGAACGGCUGCCCGCUCUUCCUUCAUGAACCGUCACCAUGCACAAUUCGUAGCCGGACCCCUGCAGAGGGAUCACUACUUCACCCCCGUCACCGGCCUCAGCUUCUUCAACGCCAGGGAUGGCGAGACGUACCUGCUCGCCGGCGAGGACACGGAGCUGAAGGUGUACGACGGCGAGGGCCGGCUGCGCUGCCAGCUGGGGAUCUUUCACGCCCAGCCCAUCCACGGCAUCCACGUCGCCGCUGCCGCGGGGCAAGGCCGGCGGCAUGUGCUGCUCUGGGGAAACCAGGCCGUGGCCGUCGUCUCUGCUGGCAUCAUUGAAGAGCUCAUCCUCGGAGGUGAAGACGGAACGGUGGAGGCACCGGUAGAAGUUGUCGAGGCCAAGGCGCCGGAUUGGAUCUACGACGGCGUCAUCUGCCCCGAGGACGCGGACCGCGGCGUGCUGAUCACGGCGCAUAACGAGGUCCUCGAGUUCUCCAUCGGGACCGAUGGCAAAACGAUUGCAUUCGGCCGCAUCGUGUCGCCGUCCCGGCCGAUCCUGUACUCGGCCAACCUGACGUGGAUCUCAAAGACCUCCGUGCUCGUCGCCGGCGGCACAGUCUUUGGCGAGAUUAUUGUCUGGAAGUGCCACUUCUCCGGCGACGGCGGCACAGCAGCCGCUGAAGACACAGACGACGCGAGCGCGGGCAAGCCGUGGUGCGAGGUCCUCUUCGUCUUCACGGGCCACGAAGGCUCCAUUUUUGGCGUGGACAUUUCGCACGAGAUCGACCUCGGCGAGGGACGCACGGCGAGGCUGCUCGCUAGCUGUAGCGAUGAUAGGACGAUUCGCAUCUGGGACAUCACCGAGAGACCGGGCUCGCCGCGUCUGCAGUACGACGCCUUUGGAGAGGCCAGGGAGACGGGCUUCGGAGGUGCUGCUGCUGCUGCUGCUGCUGCGACUUCGACGGCUGCUGCCACAGACCUCACUACAACACAGGUCGCAUCAAGUGCGCCCCUGGCUAUGGUCAUGGGCCAUAUCUCACGCAUCUGGCACGUCAGGUUCCCGUUUGGAGGGCUCGAUGAGCUGGCGCGAGGCCGUCCCGCGACAGUGUACUCCUUUGGCGAGGACUCUACGCUGCAGGCCUGGUCUCUGAAGGUCGACGUCGAGGAGUGGCGGCGGAGAGCAAAGUCGGCGGCGGUCGAGGGCGAGGCGCCCGUCGCUGGGAGCAUCACGUACAAGGAGACGUAUGCCCGCCACGACGGGAAACAUAUCUGGGCUACCGCCGUCAUGGAGAAGGCCGACGGGCAGAUUCUGGUCGCCACGGGCGGCGCGGAUAGCAAGAUUAACCUCUUCUCGGACCGCGCGGCUGGCGGCGGCAGCAGCAGCACCGCGUCCAAGCUGCAGGAACUGCCGAGCGAACUGCAGACUUUGGUGAUGCGGGACGUGGUCAGCAAGCUGCCCCCGCGGAAUCCCGACUUCGCGAUUCCCCUAGAGACGAAAGAGGCCUUCCAGCGUUUUGCGUUCGUUCACGAGGACACUAUUGUCGCGACGAGCACCACCGGCCGUCUUCUCGUCGGCUCCUUUAGACCGGAACUCACGUGGACACAGAUCGGGACCGACGGAGAGACGUUGCGCGCCCUGAAUGCCUGCACGAGCUUGAAGAGCCCGGCACCGGACCUGGCACUGAUAGGCACGGCCAACAAGAAGAUCCUACUCUACCGCGACUCGACCGUCCAGCAGAUCGGCACAGUGCCCGGUAAAGUGGCAGACAUAUUCCCCCUGAACAACCCCUCGGCAGAGGGAUCGGAGAAGAAGAAGAAGAAGAAGAAGCUCGAGUUCCUCGUCACCAUGCUGGGCAGCGGAGACGCCAUGCAGAUCCUGACGCUGGACCUAGACGCUUCAGCCGUCACCUCCAUGGUGCCCGUCCCCGAGCUCGACAGCAGAUUCGUCGUCACGGCCGCCUGCCAGAUCAACGACCUCCUCGUCCUCGGCUCGCGCCACGGCUACGUGUCCGUCUUCCGCCGCGCCCAGGGAGACCAGCAGCAGCUCAUCCCGUUCCCGGCACCGGACCGCCGCUCCGGCGACGCAAUCACCUCCAUCAACGUCUUCCCCACUUCCUCUGCCUCUGCUGCGGCGGCGGCAUCUCACAUCAUCACGACGAGCCGCGACGGAAACUACCGAGUCUACGAGACCUCUGCCUCCGCGAUCCACCUGCGCCACGAGACGGCGCCCGCAGCGGUGCCGAACCUCGAGGACGCAUGGCUUUCUGACGGCGGCAGUGGCGGUGGUGACCUGAUCCUCUGCGGCUUCCGCAGCAAGAACUUCAUCGUGUGGAACGAGACGCGGCACGAGGAGAUUCUCCGCGUCGACUGCGGCGGCGCGCACCGCGCCUUUGCCUACACCCGGCGAGGCCACGACAACAGCAGCGGCAGCAGCAGCAACAACAACAACAACAACAACAACAACAACAACAACCUCUCUCAACACGGCAUGCGCUUCGUCUUCAACAAGGCGGCUACCUUGGGCGUAUACACCCAGCACAACCCCUCCGUCGCCGCAACCCAUCACCGCACCCUCAAGCGCGGGUCCCACGGCCGCGAGGUCCGCGCCAUUGCGUACUCUGGGCGUCGCUACAUCGCCACCGGCUCCGAGGACACUUCGAUUCGCAUCUGGAAGUACACCGCCGCCGCUGCCUCCGGGUCUUCCACGCCUGAAAGGUGGGAGCUGCGCUGCGUCAAGGUCGUCAAGGUCCACACGGCAGGUCUACAGUCCCUCAAAUGGCUCGGCGAGGAUCUCCUCUUCAGCUGCAGCGGCAACGAAGAGUUCAUGGUCUGGCGGGCGUGCGAUCUCGGCGAGAGGGGGCUAGGCUUGAUGCGCGAGGCCGUGUUUGCGGAUAAGAGCGAGGACGGGGACCUCCGUAUCACGAGCUUCGACGUCGUGGCGCUGGACAUGGGGGAGAACGGCAGCGUCGCCGUCACCAUGGCCUUUUCCAACUCGUUUGUCAAGACGUAUAGGUAUACACCCGGCCAAGGGUUCGAGUUACUCUUCAAGGGGCAGUAUACCGGCGCCUGCCUGACGCAAGCGCGGCACCUCCGGGUCCAGGAGGGUGUGUUUGACGUCAUUACGGCCGCGACGGACGGGUGUCUUGCUGUUUGGCGAUCUGAGGGGUCAGAGUACGUUCUGCGGUAUACGGAGCGGAUCCACCAGAGUAGUAUCAAGGCCCUUGACGUGCAUUCCACAUCUGACGACGAGGUUGUGGUCCUUACUGGCGGCGACGACAAUGCGCUGGGCAUCGUUACACUCAGCAGCUCUGACAACAAUGAGGGCAGUCUCGAGCCCCUGACGAGAGCCGGGGUCAGGAAAGCGCACGCGGCGGCUAUUAACGGGCUCACUGUCCUCGGAGGGUCUAUGGAAGCAGGAGGAAGGGUGGACUUUGUGACGGUCAGUAAUGACCAGCGGGUCAAGAUGUGGCGGCUCGGGUGGCGCGAGGGGGUGGAGGAGGUUACGUUGCUGGCGGACGAGUAUAGCGGCGUCGCGGAUGCCGGCGAUGUUGAGAUUAUUGGGGAUGGCAAGGUUGCUGUCGGCGGUGUUGGGCUCGAGGUUUGGGAUUGGAGGUCGUGAGGGAAAUAAAAAGGGGCUCGGGUGAUGGGAUGAUUGGCGGGAAAGCAUCAUUACAUGGUUAGAUAAAAUAGAGAUGAAGUAGAUGAUGGUUUACUGAUACAAUGAAGCUAUUCUGAAA